AUGCAUCGUUUGCGGUUUCUACGUCGAUUACUAGGCAAAGGCCGCCGCCAUCACAGGGACCACGACCAGAAGCAUCCCAGCGCCGCUAUUCUCCAGCUUCCGCUAGAUAUUCUGCUUCUGAUCACCGACAACCUGGCUUUGCAUGAUACAUUUCUCCUGUCACACACCUGUAAAGCACUUCGGCAAGUUACAUUUCAAGACUGGGAUGCUGACAUCUCACGGCUUCCCUUUGAAGAUCAGAUUGCGUUUUGGGCAGGACUGGCUUACACCUUACCAAACCGCUGGGCCUGUCUGCAAUGCUGCAAACUACAUCCUAUCAAUAUCUCAGAUGUGCCCGCGGCCUUCCGGACUGUCAGGAACAGGGCUUUUCCUUGCAGCAUUGACUACUCUCGAGGAAUCGAAAUCGAAGGGUAUUCUGUCCAGCACUACCACGUACAGUUUGCACUCAAGCUCUCUCGCCUGGGCAAUGUACAUCAACAAUACCUUGCGGCCCUGAUGGAUUCUUAUACGCGCACGGGGCCAUCACUCAUACCGCCGCUAGCAGAGUCCUAUGCCGCAGAGCCCAGGAUCAUCAAUGAACGAUUUAUUCUACGUGAAGAGUGGAAAAUCAGCAAUAAUACGAGUACCGCUUUGCCACUCCUCUGGGACAAUACAGACUUACAUAUCCCAGUCUGCCCGCACAUGCGUAUGUCAGGCGGACCCGCGAGGUCUCGCAGCUGGAAGGAAUCGUCCAUCCAUUGGAUGGUGCGAGUGUCUAAUAGUAUGCAGCAGCGCGAAGGAUCCGUCCUGCUCAAAGAAAUCACUUUGCUCGAGGAUGGCAUUGCAUUGGCUUACGAAUCCCCUGGCCAGUGGAUCUUCAAUUCUUGUCUACACUGUCCUACAGAUUUCGCCAUCAUGAUUUCUACAGAUGAGCAAGAGGCGACAAUCCGGGCUUGGCACGACUUUGGGGUGGAAGGGUCACCAUUGGAUAUUAGUUGGAAGGAACAUGUGAAAGAUGAAGCCACACAUUAUUUUGACGUAGGUCCCUAUCUGGAUUAUCCUCACGGUGGUGUCCGGGAGUCAUGGUUGGAGGGAAUUUCUCAUGAGACCGGGACUAAUCAAGCAAAGCUGCCGAGCUUCUUCACGAAGCUGAUAGAUACCCUGAGUCAAGUACAGUAUUAG